AUGUCUGUUUUCCCAAAAAUAUCUCUGAGGCCUGAGGUCGAAGACUAUCUCAAAGAGGGCUUUAUGAAUAAGGAGGUUGUAACUUCUUCAGGUAAACAAGAAGCUGAAAGAAAGUUUGAAACUCUGUUAAAUCGCCUGUCACAUCCUCCAUCCUUCACAACUGUCAGAGUGAAUACACAUUUAGCUUCAGUACAACAUGUGAAAAAUCUGUUACUUGAUGAACUUCAGAAGCAGUUUGAAGGAUUGAGUGUUCCUAUUCUUCAGCAUCCAGACCUUCCGGAAAUCCUACUCAUUCCUGUUAUUGGACCUCGGAAGAAUAUAACAAAACGACAGUGUGAAGCCAUUGUUGGAGCCCAGUGUGGUAACGCAGUGUUACGAGGGGCCCAUGUCUAUGUUCCAGGAAUUGUGUCAGCUUCCAAAUUUAUGAAAACUGGAGAUGUUAUUUCCGUAUAUUCUGAUAUUAAAGGAAAAUGUAAGAAAGGAGCCAAAGAAUUUGAUGGACCGAAAGUAUUUAUUGGAAAUGGGAUUUCUGAACUUAGCCGCAGUGAACUCUUCAGUGGGCGACCUGAACUGAAAGGAAUAGGCAUAAGAAUGACAGAACCGGUGUAUCUCAGCCCUUCAUUUGACAAGGUACUACCUAAUUACUUAUUUUUACAGAAUUUGCCAUCUGCUGUAGCAGCUCAUGUUCUGAACCCUCAACCUGGAGAGAAGAUUCUAGAUUUGUGUGCAGCACCAGGAGGCAAAACAACACAUAUUGCAGCAUUAAUGCAUGAUCAGGGAGAAGUGAUAGCACUGGAUAAAAUAGCCAACAAAGUAGAAAAAAUAAAGCAGAAUGCUUCGUUGUUGGGGCUGAAUUCCAUCAAGGCUUUUUGCUUUGAUGGAACAAAAGCACUUAAACUUGAGAUGGCUGAGGACACAGAAGGGAAACCUCCAUUCUUACCGGAAUCUUUUGACCGAAUUCUUCUUGAUGCACCUUGCAGUGGGAUGGGACAGAGACCAAAUAUGGCUUGUACUUGGACUUUGAAGGAAGUGACAUCAUAUCAACCAUUACAGAGAAAGCUCUUUUCUGUGGCAGUUCAACUGCUGAAGCCAGGGGGUGUGCUGGUUUAUAGCACAUGCACUAUAACACUGGCAGAAAAUGAGGAGCAAGUUUCCUGGGCCCUCAGAACAUUUCCUUGCCUUCAGCUUCAGUCCCAGGAACCACAGAUUGGAGGAGAAGGAAUGAUGGGAGCAAGUCUAUCAUUUGAACAAUUGAAACAGCUGCAGCGAUUUGAUCCAUCUGUUGUGCCAUUACAGGAUACUGAUAGUAAUUCUCUCAGAGCCACCAGCACAGAAGAUAUGAUUUGGCUGGCAAAUAAGGAUUGUAUAGGUUUUUUUAUUGCAAAAUUUGUGAAAUGCAAAAGCUCAUAA